AUUAAAAAAAAAGAAAAAGUGAAAAAAAAACUCAGCAAAAAUACUAAUAAUCAUAUCUCCCAAUUCCUUGGCAAUUCUCCCUCAUAUUUUGCGUGCUGGUUCUAUCAGAGUGCCAUUGUCAAGUUUCCGAUUGAGUAGCAUAUUGGGGUUCAUAGGAGAAAUUAUCUGGAAAAAACCCGUAUAUUAUCUUCAAAUAAAGUAAAAAAUAAAAAUAAAAGACAGUAAAUUGUCGCAGCGAAUGGAGAGAUCGCGCGGCGAUCGUCUCCUCUCGAUCCUCAUCAUCUUAUCAUUCUCUUCCCUCAAGAUCUCUGCAAUCAGGAGGGACAUUGGUCUUCCAGGCAAACUUGUAUGCAGGAAUACUGUUCAAGGGCGAUAUUUACUAUCAGAUGACAAUGGUUAUGUGUGUAGUGCUCUUUCGGUUGAUACAUCAUCUCGAUGUUGUCCAGAAAAAGGAGAGCGGUUUUCUUGUCAGGGAUGCAACCUUGUUUCACAGUGCUGCAACUCAUAUGAAUAUUGUGUUUCUUGCUGCUUAAAUCCAACUAGGACACAACAAGACCUUGCAAUGAGGGUGAAGGUAGCAAAACCUGUAACUGCAGGAACCUAUCGAAGCGUGUUUGAUUUCUGUGCUGGAAGAUGCCGUCAUAAUUCUGCAAGUGUGGUUCAUGAGAACGCUUAUGCGAGUGACUUCCAUCACUGUUUUUCUCUGCAGUCAAAUACUUCUGCAGGGGUUGUUGAAUCAAAUUCCGAAGCAAAGUUGACAGGCAUUGAUGUCAUCAUUGGGAGGCGGGGAGAAUCUUGUAAUUCGGCAUGCAAAUCAAGGGGGCAAUCCUGUGUCCCAAACAGGCUCUUUGUGCUAAAUAAUUGUGAAUUUCUGCAGAAAUAUAUGAGAUGCAAAGGUUCAUGUUUUGCGAGCAUAGGAUCAGAUCAACCUGCUGAAGUUGUUGAUGAUGCUCCGAAGAAUGUGAACCCAGGGGCAUGCUUGUAUACUCAGAUAGAGGGCAUGCUCUCGUGUGAUGGCUCACAUCAUCAUACUAAAAGACUCUGCCCAUGCGCAUGAGACUGUUAGUUUGUUAUCUUUUUACUCAAGUAUCACAGAAUUGUAGUUGAAGAACAUAAACUUGGAUUAAACAUCUUCACAGCGAAUUAGUUUCAUGAGCAUACUGUACAAAACUCUUUUGGGACCUCCACUAUCGCAUCUUUUGUUCGACUGAAAUGUAUAUUGGCAGCAGCUGCUCACUCAGUAAAUAUUUAGGAAUUUAUCAACAGUGAGAUACCAAUUAGGAAGUAAUUUUGAGUUCGCUAAUUGUACUUACGUUGUAACAUGAGCUGUUCUUGACCAGUUUGCAAUCUCAUAUACUAACAAUGUGGGAUACUUGUUUGCCUAUUGGUAGAAAAGAACUUUCUUUUUUUAUACCAUCAAAGUCAUAAAUUA